GACACACGUCAGGGGUUGUACGUCACUCACGACAUGCGGAUCUUUGUAGCGGCACCCAUCUCGUGAAAGUCUGCUCUGCCGGUGUCGGAAAAUAACGAUGUACCGUUAGUUUCAAAGUAAAAAGAGCUAGUAAUUGUUUCAAUGUAGCAGCAGUAUGUGAUGGACUAAUACACGAGCAUCAAUUUAGCCGAUAAACUGUUCAUGAUUUCUACAUUUCAAAGUUUUCCUUGAAAGAAAAGUGAAUGGCUGUGAAUGAAUGGCCAUAUGUUCUUCAGAUCUGAAGCGUGUGGAAUAUGAGAAGCAGUACUGGACGUCCUUCGUGGUGCAACACUAAAGGCAUCUGAAGCUAAAAUUACAAAAGUUUGAGGAUAGGCACCGGCAUGCACAGAACGAUGGGUGUUCUUGUAAUCACAGAUCGACAGAUAUGAAGAACUUUAUCAUUUCAUCUGUCUGCGUUAUGCAGCCAUUUAACAUCAUGCUUUGGAGAAUUUGGCCAUAAACAGCUUAACAGAGAUAAUACCCAGUUUUCUCUAAAAGAAAGCCAGUGUUUUUAUAAGCAAAAAUGGCUCUCUUUGUGUUUCCAUUUAAUAACCUGCUGUGCAUGCUAUUGGGCAUCUCUUUCACUGUCUGGUUCACACUACUUUUGGUCUUCAUCAUCGUUCCUGCCGUUUUUGGCCUGUCCUUUGGCUUCCGCACCCUCUACAUGAAGAUGCUGCUCAAGGUGUUUAAGUGGGCCACAAUGAGGAUGGAAAGAGGAGCCAAAGAGAAUAACCAUCUUCUGUACAAGACUAACGCUAAUGGAAUUAUUGCUAAAGGGCCUACGUCACUGGAAGAAGAGCUCAAAGAGAUUCGACGAAACGGCUGCAACCGAGAGUCGGAAGGGUCCGCCUCCACCAACACAGGCCAUGCCCCUUCCUCCUCAGAGUACGAAGUGUCAGAUAUCUUCUACUUUUGCCGUCGUGGGAUUGAAAGCAUCGUAGACGAUGAAGUUACCAAACGUUUCACGGCAGAAGAGCUGGAGUCUUGGAACUUAUUGACCAGAAGCAACAAUACCUUCCAACACAUUAGCACCAGAGUGACUGUAUUGUGGGGUCUUGGAGUUCUCAUUCGUUAUGGAUUUCUUCUACCUCUCAGGUUAACAUUAGCAUUCACAGGAGUCAGUCUGCUGGUCGUCUUCACCACCAUGAUUGGUCUUUUGCCCAAUGGGAGGAUGAAACGUUUUCUCAGUGAGAAAGUGCACCUGAUGUGUUAUCGUAUCUGUGUAAGAGCGCUGACUGCUAUCAUCACAUACCAUCACAGUGAAAAUAAACCCAAGAAUGGAGGUAUCUGUGUCGCCAACCACACGUCACCCAUUGAUGUCAUUAUACUGGCCAGCGAUGGAUGCUAUGCAAUGGUCGGUCAGAUUCACGGUGGGCUGAUAGGGGUCAUUCAGAGGUCCAUGGUGAAAGCUUGUCCGCACAUUUGGUUUGAGCGCUCUGAAGUCAAAGAUCGCCAUCUAGUGACUAAAAGAUUGAGUGAUCAUGUCAAAGACAAAACCAAACUGCCCAUCCUCAUUUUCCCUGAGGGUACCUGCAUUAACAACACAUCAGUAAUGAUGUUUAAGAAAGGAAGCUUUGAAAUUGGCUCUACUGUCUACCCUGUUGCCAUUAAGUAUGACCCAAGGUUUGGCGAUGCCUUCUGGAACAGCAGUAAGUUCGGGAUGGUGAAAUAUCUGCUCUGUAUGAUGAGUAGCUGGGCAAUCGUCUGCAGCGUGUGGUACCUGCCUCCCAUGACCCGUCGGGAAGAUGAGGAUGCAGUGCAGUUUGCUAACAGAGUAAAAGCAGCUAUUGCCAGGCAGGGUGGUCUGGUGGACCUGCUGUGGGAUGGUGGGCUAAAACGUGCAAAAGUGAAAGAUACUUUUAAAGAAGAACAACAGAAACUCUACAGCAAAAUUUUGGUUGGAACGCAAGAAGACCGCAGUCGCUCUUGAUAGGAUAAAGAUGAAUCAGGUGAGGACGAGAGAGCCCAAGACGUUUUAGAGACCUGGAAGAUGAUGUUGUGAUCCUGAUCCCAGAUUAAAUUCACGUCUUGUUUGCCAACGCUUGGUAGGUCAGGUUUUGUGUUUGCACCACUGACAUGCAAAAGUUUUGAUGUGUAAUGUACACCCUGUCGCUGUGUUCAGUCUAAAGCACUGUGGGUGCUUGCCGCCAAAGGGUCCUGGAGAUGCAUUGCAACAGUUCAGCUGUUGCUCAGAAAUAGUAGUAUCAUCUUUUUUCAUUUGUUACUUGGUUUGUUUACAAUUGUUUAUGUGCGUGCUUUGUUGUUAUUUAUUUUAUCAGUUACUUUAAAUGCAGAUGGCAGUAAUCAGUAUGGCCAGAUGACCAAUUUGGGGGAUUUCACUAAGGAUGAAUUGUGCCUUUGGAUAGCACUGUGUACUUGACAAAAUCUGUGCUGAUCACAGUUGUGCAGUCCAAAGAAAAUGGAAAACUAAAGUACUAGCGGUUAGUGAAACAAAACACAGGGCUAAGCGAUGAUAUACAGCAUGCAAAUGUUGUGCAGUUCUUUAGUGUGUUCACCUGAAAUGUGAUGGCAAUGCUGUUUGUAAAGACUGAAAGCAGGUGUCAGAGAUUUCUCCAUAAAUUUACUGCGAGGGUCAUUUUAAAGGGGACAUUUCACAAGACUUUUUUUAAGAUGUAAAAUCUUUGGUUUCCCCAGAGUAUGUAUGUAUGUAUGUAUGUAUGUGAAGUUUAAGCUCAAAGUACCAUGUAGAUCAUUUAUUCUAACAUAUUAAAAUUGCCACUUUAUAGGUGUGUGCAAAAAAGGUAUUUUUGGGUGUGUCCUUUUAAAUGCAAAUGAGCUGAUGAAAUGCAAACAUUGAUCGCCUUAGUGGUGGUUUGUUAGAAUUGAAACUUAAUUGUGCUGUCAAUUAUUUAUUUUCUCUCUCUCUGCGCUAAAUGGUAGUGGCGUGGUUGCAUAGUGCAGAUUAAGGGGCGGUAUUAUAAUUAUUAUAUUAAGAUCCCCUUCUGACAUCACAAGGGGGGCCAAAUUUCAAUGACCUAUUUUUUCACCUGCUUGCAGAGAAUGAGUCACUGGGUUCAUCUUUUUCACAUUUUCUAGAUAGAUAGAAGCACUGGGGACCCAAUUAUGGCACUUAAACAUGA